GCUAAGGCGGAUAUACCGUUAAGAUGACAGCAGAUGGCGCUCGUGUAGCGCUGACUUAUACACAGCAGAAGCCUGGCUGUAGAAAAGGAGGAUUUCCUAUCUCUUAGCGAGGAGUUAGUGUUCCCCUAGUGGUCCUGGUCUGUGCAGUCCCCAGUGAAGCGGUCUCACCAUGGGUUUGGGGGUAUUCACGUCCAAGACUUUCCUUAUUCUCCUCAGCCUGGUCUUUUUGGCUGCCGCGGCAGGACUGGGCUAUGUCGGAAUACACGUCAUUGUCACUUAUGAGCAAUACAAGUCCUUCCUGAGUAAUGCCUAUGUUAUGCUCCCCGCCAUCAUUAUCCUGGCAGUGGCUGUCUUCAUGUUCAUCAUUGGGCUUCUGGGAUGCAUUUCUUCUAUACAAGAGUCCUGCUGUGGCCUGGGAUGUUUCAUAACCCUGAUCUCCAUCAUAUUUGCUGCAGGAGUGGUCACCCUUGUUUUAGGACUUGUGUACAAGGAUAAGAUUGAUCCAGAACUUCAGGAAAACAUGGAAAAAUUGUUUGAAAAAUACGAUGGGAAAAGUUUGGAAAGUUCUGCCGUUGACUUUAUCCAAGCAGAGUUGCAGUGCUGUGGCAUACAGAACUACACCAGCUGGGAGAACACCACAUGGUACCAGAACAAUAACCAGACUGUGCCAGAGAGCUGCUGUAAGAAUAAGAACGACUGUCAGGGCAGAAAAAGUGACCUCAACAAGAUCAACAAAGAGGGUUGUGAAGUGAAGCUGCAGAAUGUGAUACACAGAGCAAUGGGCUUCUCCAUGUUGGUGAUACUAGGAUUUGCUGUAAUUGAGCUCUUUGCUUUAAUAAGCUUGUGCGUCAUCUACCGUAGAAAUAGUAGAGAAGGAUACCAGCUGCUCUAGAACCGAUCCGGAACAUCUUGAAGAUGCAGAAGAGUGACUGGAGGUGAUGCAGAUAAACACUAGGAUGUAAUUCUAGACCUUUUAUAAAUUCGCUUGUAAAAACCUCAAACUGGACUCGAAUUCAGGGAAAUUCUAGAAGUUAUGCAGUGCGACGAACUUAUAAAUUUUUUUUAUGUAUAUAGGUGUGUGUGUGUAUGGUAUUCUUUAACUUUAUAAAAAUAAACCCUAUUAAAAAAAAAUUUU